AUGGCUUCAAAUCAACAAGUUAGGAAGGGUUCUGCUACGAACGACGAGAAAGAUGUUCAGAUCAAUAGGGAAGUAGUUCCACAGAAGGUAGCUCACUUCAGUGCACUUGCCGAGAAAGCCGCCGGAGGAGAUCAUUCCGAUGAUACACCUGCCGUCGCCGUUUUCAACGAGGUUCCCACGAAAAAUCCCACCUCCGUCAAACCUAUUCCAUCCAGGUUCGACCGGGAUCAGACCCAAGAAGACCAACGUCCAAAACGAGAUAUCAAAAGCAAAGAGGAGGGAGAUCGACUAACUCCCGACGAGAUUACGAAUCUAAAACAAGACGCCCAGCAAAAAUCAGGGGAGGCGGUUAAGGUUCUUGGAGAGAAGUAUCAGCAAGUGAAGAACACAAUUGGUCGAGGCGCUGAAACAACGUCGCAAUACUUGACCGAAAAGGCAACACCUGUGAAGGAUACUCUAGCUGAUAAGACCAAACAGGCUAAGGAUACAAUCACCGCCGCUGCACAGCAGGCAAAGGAGAAGGUUGUCACAUCGGAAGCAGUAGUGCCUUCUUCAGCGGAAAAAGUGAAAGGUGCAACCGUGGGGACAGUUCAGAAAAUCGGUGGAUACGUGGGGGAGAAGGCGGUGGCAGCAAAAGACAUGGCGGUGGAGGCUGGAAAAACGACCGUUGGGUAUACAGGGAAAGUGGCGGUAGAUGUAAAAGACAAGGCGGUGGUAGCUGGAUGGGGGGUUGCGAAUUUCACAACCGAGAAGACUGUGGCGGCUACAAAGGCGGCUGCGGGUGCAGUAGGUGGAGUUGCUGGAUAUGUUGGAGAAAAGACGGGUGCAGCGAAAGAUACGGUGACCGGUUUCGUGGGUGAGAAAAUUGUGAACGCAAAAGAUGCUGUGGUUAGUGCGGAGGAGAGUUUAGCUGAGUAUACUGCGAGGAAGAAAGCAGAGGCGGAUAGAGAAUUGGGAAUGAAGAAGAAAGUUGGUGGUGGUGUUGGUGUUGGUGGUGGUGAUGAAGGAAAGGGAGAGGGAUUAAUGAUGAAGAAAGGGGAAGAUGAUAUUGAUGUAAUGGACAAGGGAGGGGAAGAGGGCGUUUUACAGGCGAUUGGAGAAACGCUGGUGGAGAUCGCUCAAGAGACUAAGCAGUUCGUGGUUGGAUCUGGCAAAGUAGCCAAGAAGGAGGAAUAG